GGGCAGGGCAGGGGCGGGGGCCCCGCCGCCGCCGGGGCGGCUCGGCGAGCGGGCCGGCGGGAGCGGCUGCAGGCGUGUCCCGGUGGGGCUGCCCCCCCGCCCCGUCCCGUCUCGUCCUGUCCCGUCCCGUCCCGUCCCCGCCGGGGCCGGACGCAGCAUGGAGACGGUGCUGCUGGAGCACUUCCCCGGGGGGCUGGACUCCUUCUCCUCGCCCCCCUACUUCGACGAGGAGGACUUCUUCCCUGAGCCGCCCCCGCGGGACGCGCUGGCCGCCGACGGGCUGCUGGAGCCCGACGUGGACUUCCUCAGCCGGCAGCUUCAGGAGUACUACCGCGACGGCGGCGACCCCGAGAGCGGCUACCGCUGCCCGGCGCCGGCCGCCGCCUUCCCGCCGUCGCCCGCCUCGCCCGGCUUCGCCUACGAGUGCUGCGGAGCGGCGGGCGCGGCGCUGCUGUCCCCCGGGGGGCGGCUCCAGGCGCUGGGCUCGGCCAAGCGGCGGCGGCGGGUGCGCUCCGAGGCGGAGCUGCAGCAGCUCCGGCAGGCGGCCAACGUGCGGGAGCGGCGGCGGAUGCAGUCCAUCAACGACGCCUUCGAGGGGCUGCGCUCGCACAUCCCCACCCUGCCCUACGAGAAGCGGCUCUCCAAGGUGGACACGCUGCGCCUGGCCAUCGGCUACAUCAACUUCCUCAGUGAACUGGUGCAGUCCGACCUGCCGCUGCGCAGCGCCAGCAGCGAAAGCCCCAGCCAGCCCAAGAAAAUAAUCAUCUGUCACCGCGGUACAAGAUCUCCCUCCCCGAGCGACCCCGACUACGGACUCCCCCCUCUGGCCGGUCACUCGCUGUCGUGGACUGAUGAAAAGCAACUCAAGGAACAAAACAUCAUCCGGACAGCCAAAGUGUGGACCCCCGAGGACCCGCGGAAGGUGAACAACAAACCCUCCCUCAACGACAUCGAGAACGAGCCCCCCUUCGACUUCGUGGCGUGAGGCGCCGCGCGGGUGGCCCCCGCCCCCGCCCCGCCCUGUACAUGCUGUAUGUAGAGACCUAUAUUGUAAAUGUAAUUUAAGAU